CUUUAUUUUUCCAUAUCACCUAAGUCUUCACAUAAUAAAGAAAUACACCAGUUAGUCGACUUCAUCAAGCAAGGGACUCCAAACUGAGAAGAAGGAGGAGGAGGAGGAGAAAAACAAGGGCAUCGUGAUUGUUUGGAGGUGGUGCAAAUGGAGAAACAAGGUGUAGUAGGGCUUGAGAUCACGACGGAGCUCAGGUUGGGCCUCCCGGGGGGUGCGGCGAAGCCAAGCUCGAACAAGAGGGUGUUCUCGGAGAUCUCCACCGUGGAGGGGAAGGGGUCCACCAGGGAGCCGAAGGCCCCAGCGAAGAACCAGGUGGUGGGGUGGCCGCCGGUGUGCUCGUACCGGCAGAGGUAUAGUUUCAAUAAGGAGAAGGGAGACGGGGCCGAGGCGACGGCGGGUUCAAAAGCUUACGUGAAGGUGAGCAUGGACGGAGCGCUUUACCUAAGGAAGAUUGACUUGAGCAUGCAAAAGGGAUACUCUGAUCUUGCAUUUUCUUUGGAGAAGCUCUUUGGUUGCCAUGGCAUUGGUGAGGCUUUUAAUGAAGGGGAAGGAGCUGAAUACAAGCUCAUCUAUGAAGACAAGGAUGGAGAUUGGAUGCUUGUGGGAGAUGUCCCUUGGGAGAUGUUCAUGGAGUCGUGCAGAAGGCUGAGGAUAAUGAAGAAAUCAGAAGCCAAGGACAUUGCAAUACUGCAGACCAGGGACUUCCUCAAAGGCACCUUGAAAGACGAUAACUGAUGAGAACAAGCAACACUUUUGUGAUAUGGAGGAACUUGACAUGAUUCCUCUCAUCUUCGUUGUGUCUUCAGAUUAGAACAUGGUCUUGAUUAGUUAAUGGAAUAGCCGAAUACUCGUCGAAUUAAGGACAACUCCCUUACAUGGGAAUGCUUAACUAGCAGUACAUCACUUAGAUGGAUGCUUUCAGUUGUUGUUGUCUGUUCAAAGAUGAUUAUCUGUGUGCUGAAUAAUUGAUAUAUCGUCUCCGUUA